AUGCUCGAAGGUUUAUAUGCCCACAAAUCCUACGAUCUAACGGAUAAGAACUUGGAGGAAAUUGGGAAGCUAUUCCAUUUGAAGACGUUGAACUUAGGAUUAACUAGUGUUUCUAGAUUGCCUCCAGAGAUAAGUAAUCUCCAUCUUGAAAAUCUUAAAGUGGGUUCGAUUGAGCUUCAACAAGUGCCGGCUCUUCCAUCAAGUUUGAAAUCCCUUUCGGUUCAAGCUAUGGACUUCUCUCUUGUCCCUCACCCCUCAAGCAUCACCGAUUUAGAGCAUUUGGAAUUAUUUAGAUUUAACAAUUUGAGAAUUGGACAUCACUCAACUAGGCGGGACUAUGACUCAAAACUUAAAGCAGCUUUGAUGAGGGAGCAGCCAUCCUAUCAGCUUCCAUCUCAUUUGUUGUCCUUGAAACUCAGAAAUAUUAGUCCACUGCCACAUUAUUCCGACUUAUUAAAUUUGACAGUUUUGUAUGUAUUUGACUGUCCAAUAUCACACCUACCUAUCACUCCAGGUCUAACACAUUUGAGGGAACUGCACAUAACAAGAUGUGAAUCCCUUGAGGAAAUACCUGGUUUGUCACUCUUGAGGAGUCUGGAGCGCUUAAAACUGAAGGGCUUGAAUAGGCUAGCUGAGAUUCAAGGUUUGUCGGAACUGGAAUCUUUGCAGUACCUCCUUCUUUCCAGUUGUGAUUUAAUAGGACAAUUACCCAACUUGGUUAAGUUGGGUAAGCUACAACAUCUUGAGAUAGAAGCGUGUCCAAAUUUAAGAGCCAUUGAGGGAAUUGAGGGCUUAGAAAGCUGGGUAUUGGAUAGUUGUAGCCGCAAUAUCCUGGAAAGAUUAUUGGAUGUCUCGAGAUUGACUUGGCUUUCCCACAGAUUACCUACGUACGAUGUGUUCCUAAGUUUUAAGGGUCCAGACACUCGUUUCAGCAUUGUCAAUUUCCUUUACUAUGGUAUGUCACAAGAUCGAAUUUCUGUUUAUAGUGAUGACGAUGAUAGGAGGUCCAGUGAAGGGAUUGGGGAAGAGAUUCUACAAGCACUAGCCGACUCCUAUAUCUACAUACCAGUCUUCUCUAGAAACUACGCUUCCAGUCAUUGGUGUCUCCGCGAACUUGUCCACAUGGUAAAAAGCACAUCAGAAUCAAAGGGGAAAAGAAUAAUCAUCCCCAUGUUCUAUGACGUGGAGAUUGAUGAUGUUAAGCUCGAAACUGAUUUAUAUAAAAGCGACUUGGACAAGCACUGGAUGAACUUCGACCACAGCGAAGUGAAGGCAUGGAAAGAGGCUCUAAUUGAGGUCGCAGCAAUGAGUGGGUUCGUGUUGAAAAAUAUCAGGUAA